AUGUUGUGUGUCCGACCCGACAUAUGCUAUGCGGUUGGAUACCUGGGGCGCUUCCAAAAUCAACCUGGUGAAACUCACUGGCAAGCGCUGAAGAGAGUAGUUCGGUACAUGAAGGGUACGAAGAACCUCAAACUUCAGUACAAGCAGCACAACGACGCUGAGGCACUAGUCGGAUACGCAGACGCCGACUGGGCGUCGGACACUGAAGAUAGAAAAUCUGUUAGCGGCUACAUUUUCAAGGUUUAUGGUAACACCGUGUCCUGGGCUAGCCGCAAGCAACAAACCGUUGCGCUAUCGUCGUGCGAAGCAGAGUAUGCAGCCUUGAAUGCCGCGGCUUCCGAAGGGCUGUGGCUGCACGGAAUCCUCCAGGACCUCAAACAAGUCCAACCGAAUAUGGCGUUCAAAAUUUUUGAAGACAACCGUGGCGGCAUUUCAAUGAACGCCAAUACGGAGAACAAGCGUGUUAAGCACAUUGAUGUGAAGCACCACUUUCUUCGCGACCAUGUAGCACAAGGACAACUUACAAUUGAAGCAAUUGGUACAGCAAAUCAGAUAGCGGACACGUUCACCAAACCCCUGGAACCUGGACGUUUCCGCGAACUAAGGACCAUCCUAGGACUUACCGAUUCAGGGGGGUGUUGGAGUAAAUCGGCAACAAAGUAUGCUGAUGACCUUCUUGGAGACCGAAGGCCUCCAUAG